AUAGUUGGGGUGAGGAAAGAAAACCAACAAAAAUUGAAGGAGAUCGACACCCUCUUUGAAGCGAUGUACAAAGAGAAUGAUUUGAACGUCGACGACGAACUUGCGGAGAUUGAAAAGGAAGUUCAUGAGGAGACUCAUCCCAUCGACAACAACUCCGAAAAGAACAAAGAAGUCAUUGAAAGUCUUCCAAAGGUCGAGACUCACCCCGUUGAAAGUCUAUCCACUGAGAAGCCAAAAGAAUUGGUUGGUGUAGAAUGA